CUGGAGCUAGCUGUGACCCCGUCCCCUCCCCAUGUGACCUGCGACAAAUACAGUAAACUAAUGUCCGACGCACCCCUAUACCCAGAGAGAGAGACAGAGACAGAGACAGAGAGAGAGUUCUUUUAUUGUAACCUUGACGAAGAAUGACAUUAUCAACAUACCUCGACGUUCGUGUCUGAUUCUCUCUCUCUCUCUCUAAACCCUCUCUGAAUCUCUCCCGUUCGUGAUCUCGACCAGCUCCGAUUGCCGAUUGCCAGACUGCAAAUUGCAUGGCGCAACCACCGCCACCCCAUGUAUCCCACCACAUCGCCCCGAACUGGCCUCCUUUCCCCCACCCCGGCGCUAAUGGCGGCGCUGGCGGCGGAGGCGGCUGCCAGCCUUCGUGGGUCGACGAGUUCCUCGAGUUCUCGUCCACGAGGCGUGGGGCCCACCGGAGGUCGGCGAGUGACUCGAUCGCCUUCCUCGAGGGCGGGGAGUACCAGAAUUCAGUCCGCCACAACGGCGGCUACGGCGGCUUCGACCGCCUGGACGACGAGCAGCUCAUGUCCAUGUUCUCGGAAGAUGGGAGCAUGACCGUCACCGUCGCCGCGCUGCCACCCCCACCCUCCUCUUCCGCCCCGUCCACACCGUCGGAUCAGAACAGCAACAGCGAAGAGAUCAAGCCGGCCCCGGCAAAUGCAGACCCCACAAUGCGAAGACAAUCGCCUAAGACCAAGCCUGGAACGUUGGAGGCGGAUAGUUCGUGCAAGGCCGCUCAAGCUUCCUCCAAUGCCGAUGCCGUUUUCGACCCAAGACGGGUUAAGAGGAUUUUAGCAAAUCGGCAAUCUGCUCAGCGGUCGAGGGUGAGGAAAUUGCAGUACAUUUCGGAGCUGGAACGGAGCGUAACCACGUUGCAGAGCGAAGUAUCGGAGUUGUCGCCCCGAGUCGCGUUCCUGGACCAUCAACGCCUGAUUCUGAACGUGGACAACAGCGCUCUCAAGCAACGGAUCGCCGCCUUGGCUCAAGACAAGAUUUUCAAAGACGCUCAACAAGAAGCACUGAAGAAGGAAAUAGAGAGAUUGAGGCGGGUGUAUCAGCAGCAAAAUGUCAAGAAGACGGCCGACGUGACGGCCACCACCAAUCCAUCUUCGCCGACAUGGGAUCCACCGGAGAGAUCCGACAACAACGGAUCAAAGGAUAAGGACCAACUCCUCCACCAUCAAAAUUGAAAAAAGGGAAGGAGGGUCCCCUCGAUUGGGGCCAUCCCGAUCGCACGGUGCGGGUUCCUAUCCUUCCCCUAAAAUAAAGAGAGAGAAAUUCAAAUGGCAAAGCCCUUUUCUUUCAAUUCUCCCCCCUCGAGCAAUCAUUAUUAUACUUGUUCUCAAGCCCUUUCGAUUUUUCAGACUUCGGGUUCGAAUAUUGGACAUCAAUGGGUAAAUAUUGUAGCAAAAGA